CUCUAAUUUUCUAAAGUUUCAUUUUCAAAAGCAUCCAAUAAAAAAAUGUCUGACUGGGAUUCCGUUACUGUUAUUCGUAAGCGUAAUGCUGAUCGCGCCAAGGUUACUCGCAGCGAAAGCGAUGUCAAUGCUGCCAGAAGAGCCGGUGCUUCCAUUGCGACGGAAAAGAAGACUAUGACCAACGCUGGCCAUGCAAACCGUGACCAUCAACGUAUUGCCAAGCUUGAUCGUGACAACGAUGUCGCUCCACCACCCAAGGUGGAUGUUUCCGUCGGCCGUGCCAUUCAAAAGGCACGUCAGGAGAAGGGCUUUACGCAGAAGGAUGUGGCUCAAAAGAUCAACGAAAAGCCUCAAGUGGUGAACGAGUACGAAUCUGGCAAGGCCAUUCCUAACCAGCAGGUGUUGGGCAAGUUGGAACGUGCCUUGGGUGUCAAGUUGAGAGGCAAGAACAUUGGUGAGCCUCUCACCUUUGGCAAGAAGAAGUAGAGGGAACACGAUAAACAUCUAGAUAUACAUACAAAACUAUCAGUGUGGGUAAAGGGGGCUUUUCCAAGAUCAAAGUUGUUCGAUCCGGGAUCAUAGAUUAUACCUCUCUUUUUUUUGUCCCGAAUUCUUCAUUCUUUUUUAUGAACAAUUAGAUGACGUGGUGAUACGGAACAAAUUAGGCCUUUGACCGUGUCUCCCUAACCCUCUACCCUCCGAAUCCCCACACGACAAUGUACAAAUCAUUUAUAAUAAAAAAAACCAUAUUUCAACUGAUA